AUGUCGUUGGAACUCGAAAAAUCCAAUUUGACAGAUAUUGAUCGACGUACAAUCUUAUUAUUUCUGGCAGAUUUCGAAAAUUCGGGUGUUCAUCUUCAUGACAGUAAGAAGCAAGAAUUUGUGGAAUUGAGUACUGAAAUAUUUGAUGCUGGUUCAAAAUUCGUAAGCGAAGCAGGAAAACCGGUUCAAGUCAACCAGUUCGAUCGUAAAAAAUAUGGUGUUGAUCGUCUUUUGACUAAUCCUUAUCCUUUUACUAUAUGUGAAGCAACGAGGCGUUGGUCUUAUUCAACCUAUUACCGACACAACGAGAAACAGGAAUCUUCGUUACGGCGUCUAAUAACUGCACGCCAUCGGUUGGCCAAUCUUACGGGUUACAAGACAUUUGCUGAUAGGGCACAGGAAUUUUCAAUUUUAGGAAGUUAUGAAAAUGCCCACAAUUUCUUAACAGAAAUUAUAAAGUGUUGUCGUCCAUCAGCCGACCGAGAAUUGACAGUUUUGCUUGAUGUACUUUCGCAAUGUGAUUCGCAAUCCGAAAAGCUUGGUGAGUGGGAUUUGCAGUAUUUGUCAGCUGUUUAUAGACAAAAAGCAUAUGGGAAUAUUGGAGCUAUUUCUAGGCAUUUAUCGUUUAAAAAUAUUCUUUUCGGAUUUGAAUUGGUCACUAAGAAACUUUACGGCGUUAGAUUCUCAUUAGAAACUGCAGAAGCAGGUGAAAUUUGGCCAGGAAAUGUACAUAAAUUGGUCGUGUUAGACAGCAGCAAUUCACAUAUAGGUACCAUUUAUCUGGAUAUUGAAAAACGAGCAACUAAAGUUACUGGAGAUUGCCACUUCACCGUUCGUUGCUCGAAGCUUGUAUGAUUUGCUCUCUUUCAGUUGCAAGAUGGAACAUACCAAAAGCCAAUCGUUGUUAUUUCAUUAUCAAUAGUAGAUGGUCAACAGUCUAUAGAUCAAAUUUAUCUCAGUACGCAUCAGGCUGAUAAUUUUUUUCAUGAAAUGGGCCACGCUAUGCAUUCAAUGCUUGGCCGUACUCAAUAUCAGCAUGUUGCC